AUGCUCAAUCUACGCAUCAAACCAAAAUUUAACCUCAAUAAAGUACGGGCUAUGACCAUGGCAUGGUAUUGUUCUGGAUCCACCAACACCGAGUUGAUCGAGAACCUAUUCAAGGCUGGACUGAUCCACAAUGAGCGUGUGAAAGAUGCCAUGAUAGGAGUUGAUCGAGCCCAUUAUGCUCCAUCACGGCCGUAUUCGGACUCACCUCAACCCAUUGGAUAUGGGGCCACUAUAUCAGCACCACACAUGCAUGGCCAUGCAUGUGAGUAUCUGAUUAAUUAUCUCAAACCAGGUGCUCGGGUGUUGGAUAUUGGAUCGGGUUCAGGAUACUUGACCCAUGUCCUUGCCAAUCUGGUGACCAGCCCAUCUGGCAACGCUCAGGGACAGGUGAUUGGUAUUGACCAUAUCCCCGAGCUGACAGAAAUAGCUCGUACCAACAUGGACAAGUCCAAGAAAGGUAGUGGCUUCCAGGCAUCUACAGUUGUCAAGUUUAUCACCGGUGAUGGACGCCUUGGAUGGAAAGAAGGUGCACCGUACGACGCCAUCCAUGUUGGCGCCGCGGCCGACAAGCUUCAUCCAACCCUGGUCGAUCAGCUGCGUGCUCCUGGGAGACUUUUCAUCCCAGUAGAAUCGGAAGACGAUGAGAGUGCCAUGGAUAGUCUCAGUGGUGGUCAAUAUAUCUGGGUGGUGGAUAAAAAGGAAGAUGGAUCCAUUCACAAAGAGAAAGUCUUCCAGGUGAGCUACGUGCCCUUGACGGAUGCUCCACAAGGAUGA